ACAGAUAUUGGAUUAAUUCGUCUGAGUUAGCACUAGUUUUAAUAUGUCUGAGGUAGCAUUCAUGUAUCUGAACGUCACAUCUCGGAGUAGUUCCUGGUUGUAGGAUAUUUGUGCGCGAGGACGAGCAGUUUAAACCUAAUGUAUUAAUUGUUUCAAACAACAACGCGGAGACAUAAGGGUUGAGAUAACAUGUUCCCAAGUGACUUUGCGUGGGGAGCAGGAACUGCUGCGUAUCAAAUAGAAGGUGGCUGGCAGGCAGACGGCAAGGGACCGAGUAUCUGGGACACGUUUUGUCAUGAAAAAGGCAGAGUGUUUAAGGAGCAGAACGGAGAUGUAGCCUGUAACAGCUACGAGCUGUGGGAGAAAGACCUGGAGUGCAUCCAGCAGCUUGGACUGACGCACUAUCGCCUGUCUCUCUCCUGGGCCCGCCUCCUGCCUGAUGGGACCACACGCAAUGUCAAUCAAAAAGGUGUACAGUACUACAACAAGGUGAUUGAUGAUUUGCUGGCCUGUAAUGUUUCACCUAUGGUCACACUCUACCACUUUGACUUGCCACAAGAUCUCCAAGACCAGGGUGGCUGGAAAUCCCCAGCUAUAGCGACCCACUUCGACAGCUAUGCCAAGUUUUGUUUCCAAACAUUUGGGGACCGAGUCAAACUUUGGAUCACUAUCAACGAGCCGCAUGUGUGCGCCAAACUGGGCCACGAAGACGGCAUCCAUGCUCCAGGGUUAAAAGAACCGGGGAUUGCUGCUUACCUGGUGGGCCAUAAUAUGCUGCGUGCCCAUGCCAUGGCCUGGCACAGCUACAACUCCUACUACAGGCCAAAGCAGAAGGGAGCGGUGUCUCUGGCCAUCAACAGUGACUGGUUUGAGCCAUUGCGCCCGGAUUGCAACGAGGAUAUUACUGCUACUGAACGUGACCUUGCAUUUACUCUAGGCUGGUUUGCCUGGCCUGUUUUUGUCACUGGAGAUUAUCCAGAAAUAAUGAGAUCUGCCAUCAACUCUCAAAGUAUGAAGCUGGGAUAUAGCGGCAGCUCGAGACUUCCCAGGUUCUCAAAGGAUGAACCUGCCAUUUUAGGCACAGCUGAUUUCUUUGCUUUGAACUACUAUACAUCCCGCAAAGUCAAGCCAGGAGGAGGAUGUGGACAGAUGUGUAUAAAGAGCGACCGAGAUGCAGAGGAAAUUUUGGAUCCGUCCUGGUCCGUCUGUGGAGUGUCCUGGCUGGCUAUAGUCCCCUAUGGCUUAAGGAAACUUCUUAAGUACAUUAAGGACACUUUCAACAACCCAGCAGUCUACAUCACAGAGAAUGGUUUCUCUCAGAUAGGGCCACUGCAAAUUGAGGAUGUCCAGCGCUGUGAGUUUUACAAAGACACCAUCCUGGAGGUGGCUAAAGCUAUUGAAGAAGAUGGCGUCAAUGUCCAUGGAUAUUUUGCAUGGUCGCUGUUGGACAACUUUGAAUGGGCUGACGGAUUCAGUGUUCGUUUUGGACUGUUUCAUGUGGACUUCUCCGAUGCAAAGCUGACUCGAACCAUAUACCAGUCAGGACGGGAGUAUGCAAAGAUGAUCAUGAAGUACAAGAGAGAAACUGAUGUACAAUGACUGAAGAUUAAAAAAAUUGUUUUUUUUUUUUUUGUUUUUUUUUUUACACAAUCUUAAUAAACUAGCAGUUUUUGCAUUGUUGCUUUGUCUCACACAUGUUCAUCUAAAUUAGAUGAGUCAGUGCAGUUCAACUAACCAACCAGGCACCUGCUCCCAUUCACUUCUACUACAUCCAGAAUUUCAAGCACCGUCAUCGUCUCUGAAUUUCUUUUCACUUCAGAAAAUGGUCAGGGUGUCAGAGUGAGCUUACUUGGCUGUCUUUUUAAGAAAUCUGACUUCAGCAGAGGAUGUAAGGACAUGGACAGAGUGUUGAGGUGAUUCAAUGCAAGUGUAAAUUAGUAUUAUAUCCUGUCCAAUUCCCUGUCAAUCUGCACAAGGUGGUUUAUGGAGAGGGGGAGAACUUGUCACUCAGAGUGCCAAGGCAGCUGUAAGAAGGGGCUGCAGUAGAAACAUGUAAACACAUUGUAUCAGUCAGCGCUUAAUAGCAAUAUUAAUGCUGGUGGCAUUGUGAAUAAUAGCAUUGUUACGUGACUCUGUAAAGGCUUGCCCCUUACACACCUAUACUUAAGAUGACUUGUUCUGGCAGGCUAUCAACACGUCCAAGAUCUUAUCUUUCCUUGAAUCUACGUGCAAGGGUCAGAUGAGUGUGUCUUUGACAUACAGCGACCGUGACCAGCUGUAUAUCUGCAGCUGUGCAUGGAGGCAUGAGCACGCUGGAAGUUUCAGGUUGACUGGAAGGUUGAAGCCUGUCGAUGUAGUGAUGCAGGCUUAGAGGCUAGAGGCUUGUCAGUUCACCAAAUAGCUCAAAGCACCUCAUCUUUAUUUGGAAUAAAGGUUCUGAUCAAAGGGUGUCAAGACUUCUUUGGUAAGGUUGACUAAAAUACUGUAGUUUGUUUAUUGUAGAUUCAGCUAUUUGAUAUACAAUGGACGAUCAAGUUACAUCAUACAAUACAUUUGGUCAUGCUUUUUUCCAUUCAACACAAAACAGCUUUACCACCUCACCUAUCAAAAGGGAAAGGACCCAUCAUACGAUAAAAUGCAAUAGUCAGCUGAGUUAUUAUAAUGCUGCCAGGCUGCAUGAAGCACACUUCAGUAGACUCAGAAGGGAUGCCAGCUGAAAGCAACAGAUGUCCUGCCACAGGAAGAGAGUGGAAUGCCAUUUGUUUUCCCCAGACAGCUGUGCAAACUCUCUACUUUAAGAGAGAAGAGAGGGAACAAGGCGAAAAGCCUCCCAGAGGCCUUCUGUUGAUUCUCUGUGCUGUACUGUGGUUCAGGUAGGAUUAUUUAUAUUGAGUUCUGAACAAUACACUGUAUCUACAGGGCUGUGAUUCUUUUUAUUUAAUUUUUUUUCCAAACUGUGUACAAAUGUUUCUGAUAGAAAGCAGGGUAUUGUAGUUGACAGUUUGUAAUGUUUUUGGUUCAAGUUCAAUAAAACACCAGCUGAACAUCAGUGAGCAGAAUGCCAGCCAGGGACUGAAGAUUGGUUUGACGGCAUGUUUGUGGGCCUACAGUGCCACCUUGUGGUAUCAAAGGGAACUACACUUUUGAAUUCAACAGCUCACUUUGUACUGUAUUGCACUUCACAUGAUGUGCUGUUUUGAUUAAUAAAAUGCAUACUGUUGGUGUAACAAUAAACAACUAAAGCGACUCCCUAACCACAAUACAUCAUAGAUUUAACACAAUUAAUAUUUAUGCUCUGAUGUGAAGGAAAAUGUGAUUUAUAUUCUGUGUUGGGAGACUUUGUAUGCAUUAAUAAGCAUGGUGUAUCGUGACAUCCAGUUGGCUGUGCAUACUGUUUUCAACAGAUGUGAAUAA